CUCCCGAGUCUGUCUCCCCGAGUCUAUUCUCGCGGGAACGCAAGUCCGUUCUCGCCGUCUCAGGUAUUGUGAAAGGGCCAACGUCUACGUGCCUUAACGGGGAGGGGCAUGGUUACUGUGAAAAUAUAUAUGCUUAACUAUAUUGACGAUACCUAAACGUCGAAUAAAUGUUGGGAUUAUUCACGUAAACCUUUGAAUUUGGAUAAAUAUUGGUAAAUUGGUUGUAGUCGAGAGAGCUCACUUGAAGGACAGCUAGUGAACGAGUAGCCGCUGUAGAGAACUGUCAUUCCCAUCCAGCCUGUCGGACCGAUAUGGCGGAGAGUGGGUCGGCGGGAGAUUUUUCCGGCUCUCUGACGAGCUCAACCCUGCCGCCGCCGAGGACCCGCAUCUUCAAAAUCAUCGUAAUUGGGGACUCGGGUGUUGGGAAGACCUGCCUCACCUACCGCUUCUGUGCUGGGAAGUUCCCCGAAAAGACCGAGGCCACGAUCGGGGUUGACUUCAGAGAGAGGCUGGUGGAGUUCGACAGCGAGAAGAUCAAGAUCCAGCUGUGGGACACUGCAGGUCAGGAACGCUUCAGGAAGUCCAUGGUGCAGCACUAUUACCGCAACGUGCAUGCUGUUGUCUUUGUAUAUGAUGUGACCAACGCUGCCAGCUUCCGCAGCCUCCCAGCAUGGAUUGAGGAAUGCAAGCAGCACGCGCUGGGCACUGAGGUACCCAGAAUCCUAGUUGGAAACAAAUGCGACCUUCAAGACUCUGUUCAAGUGGGCACAAACGUAGCGCAACAGUUUGCCGACGCCCAUUCUAUGCCCCUGUUUGAGACGUCUGCCAAGAACCCAAGCAGCCAGGGACAGGGAACCUGUGUCAUAGGCAACAAUGACCAUGUUGAGGCUAUUUUUAUGACAGUGGCACACAAGCUGAAGUCUCAAAAGCCACUGAUUUUGAGCCAGCCACCCACGGGAUCAGUGGGUACCAUCAACCUGAGCGGGUGGGGGGCUGAUGGGGGGGAUAAGGCUAGGAGCUGGGGAUGCAACAGCUGCUGAGGCAGAAAAUUGAAGGGUAAGAGGGAGACAACUUCAGUUGAGGCUGCACAAGACCAAGUCUUUUAAAGUGAAAGGAGCUAAGGAAAGUGUGGGCGAAUGGAUCAAGCCUAAUGUCUUUAUAAUCAACACAAACAUGUAUUUAUUUGUCUAUUACCAGAGGAUACUUGUUUUCCCAUUAGCUAUACAUUAAUGAUAUUUAAUGAGGGGUGAAAAAUCAGAUUCUAAUUGAUUUCUUCUUUCAUUAAGCGUGUACUAUCUUGGGCAAUGUGACAAUAGAAACAUCAGAAUCAGAAGCCAUUUUUGCCACAUAUUUUCACAUAGGUUUAUGACCUGAUUAAUUAGUGCAAUAUAAGAUAACGUAAAAUAAGAUAAAAAUAUACAAGCAAAAAUGAAAACAAUACAAACAUGUUCGUUAUAAAAUGUAUGCAUGUCCAUAUGUUUCCAUGGUUUGAGAAACCACUGUGCAAAAUGUUAGAGUAACUCAGAUGGAGUAUUAGAGACAGACUUUGACCUCUUAAUGCAGACUUGGGUUAUACAUAAUAUCCCAACACAUUCAAAUUUAAUGUAUUCAUCACAUUCAUCAUUUUUUUUUGUCAACAUGAACUUUUUUUAAAAUCAUGUUUAAAUCCACGGUUCCUCAUGAAAACAGAUUUCGUAACACAAAACAUGUUGAAUUGAUUUCAUUCAAAAAAUGUGCUAAACUUAUUGCAUGCUAACACCCACAGAUGUCAUUGUGUAUUGCAUGCACAUUUAAAUGUGGGAUCUACUCAUGAACAGAGCUCAAAAACUCCACAGCUUCUCUUAGCCAAGAUUAUGCCUUAAUUAAAACAUUUUAGCAUGUUUACACGUUUAAACUGCAGUUGAUUCAAGGACAAGAAUAAAUGGUAAAUAUUCAUACUACUGAAGACCAAUAUUGGGAAACUCCACAACGUUUAGAUUUUCCUACUUAAUGAUCAACAAUCUGAAGGGAAUACUCAGUCAGACUGCAAUUGUAAGCGUCAGACAAUGUUUUGUUCCGUGGCCAAGAAAAAAGACUUUCCAUUAGUUUAAGAAGUGGGUUAGUGGAAACUCAGAGUUUGUUCACCCGGAGAUGAGGGAAACUGGGUUGUCUGUUUCAGAAAGGGAGGCAACUCAACCUCAGGGUCAGUUGUCAGGAGCAGGUUUUCUUCAGGAAACCUUGAGUUUCUUUCACAGUCUCCUCCCUCUGACACCAGCCCAGCCAAUGACACAUCACUUUGUCAUUUCCUCAUUCAUUCAUACUCAGGAAUCAGGUGGAUUUUAGCGCAGUUUCCACAUAUUAACAAAAUAAGAUAUCUGUUACCUUAAAGACUAGUGUUUUCUGGAACAUGACAUGUCCUUUUCUGGACGAACCUGUCGAUGAAGAAGUGGUUUUACUUCGCAGGGUGUUAAACCCGUCGGGAGAGAAUAUUGAGGCCCCGAUUAGAUAUAUUGUAAUUUCCAGAUAACUACUUGUUUGAACGAUUUUGUUUUUCUUCACAAUUCAUUAAAUGUGUACAUAACCUCACCCAUCCUCAUACUAACGUCACUCAUCGGGGACGCUCUCACAUCCGAGCAGAUUCUUUGUGUAGCAUUAAGUUUUGUUUCAAAUGGCAGUUUCCUGUACAAUGGUGAUGCAGAGAAUAUUAGAAAAACUACUGUAUGCAGAGCCGUGAGAAAAGUGUGCCUCGCUCUGAAACGUCUUUUAAACGUUUUUGUUCCCUGGACAAAAACAAGUGAGGGCCAUUAAAGAGGAGUUCCACAGAUUUGCACCUGAAUAAAAUACACUAUAGGUUCAAUGAUUAAAUAUCAAGCCUAUGUUUUUGCAUUCUAACAGUGGAAAAAUUCCCACUGGGAAUUAAUAAAACGUAUGGAUUAUGAUUAGUGUGUACAUUAAAUAUUAACUGACAACACUAUAUUGGAACUUACACGUUGACCUGAGCAGCAAUUUUCUCCCACGCCGUUUCUGUCUUUUGCUGCAGUAACGGUGUUGCUUUGUUUCUAAUUACAACUCUGAGUCAACCUACUCAGAGUUGAUUGACCAUCUCAGGGUAAAUCAAAUCAGAGUUUGUUGAACCUCCUACUUGAAAGGGACCCCUGAUGAUGAUGUAUUGUUUCUAUGGAAGUAUUUGUGAGUCAUCGCAAAUAAUUCAACGUUAAAAUAUUCAACUGCAAAAAAUUCAACCGCAAAUCAUUUUGGUUAAAUCUUUUGCAGUAUUUUAACGUUGAAAAACAUUCAGAUACAUAAUUUCAAUGCAUAAAUAUUCAGUGCUAGAAAUUCAAUCACCUUUUUCUUUCAAAAUCUGAUGACACAGAUUUACUUCCAUAAGUUUCCCAUCUCAGGGUGAAUCAACUCAGAGUUUAGGGUUUGACUCAGAGUUUGUUGAACCUUCUACUUGAAACGGACCCCAGAGGGUAUUGCACAAAAGUAGAAUCAAGAAAUCCAGGAUAAGUAAAAAGGUGCAGCUUGACUUGUGUGAUCCGCUCGUCGCGGCUUAAUCAGUUGCACGUUUUCCGAGCCGGGAUGUGAUUAAAUCAAUCCAGGUUUACAUAGCUGGGAUAGCUAUGUCCACGGCUUUCUUAAGUAGACUACAGUAUCGAACACAGAUUUACUGAUGCAGAAGUGAAGAAUAUGCUGUGCGCAGAAUAUUUCUCUGAGCAGCAACUAAUUAUGGAAAGCAUAUAAUAUGCCAAAAAAGUAAAAACACAAAACGGCAGCUGUAACAAACAGAGAAAAGGCCUGGCGGACAAUCACAGACCGACUGAAUGCGGAAGGAUUUUAAAAUAUCUACUUACUAAGAAAGUUGUAGACUGUUUUAUUUGUUUUUAAUAGCAAUGCGUUUUAUUUGGGUUUUUGUUGUAUCUGUGUUUAUGUGCUAAAUGUGCUGGUUUUAGUGUUUAAGCUUACCAUGUAAAGCGCUAUAUGAGUAAAAUGUAUUAUUAUUUAGCCUAUACUUUGCCUUAAAAGUGAGCAGUAGGAAUUAAUAUUCCUCUGGAAAUUUACCCUAAAAACUAGGCCUAAUCUCAAACCCUGUCUUACAACCAAAUGCACAAAUCUCUAUAAACUGUAUCUAAUUCUAAUUAUCUUUCUACAAUUAAUGUUCAUGGUAAGUGCCUUAACAGUUUGCAAAUGGUAUAUAGAAAUUACUUACAAGAUGCCUGCUCACAUAUUUUAUCUGAACUGAUUUAAGCAGUUAAGAAGAAGGCUCAUUUGUCUGGCACUGGGGGGAGAGGGGAGCAGCACCAGGCUUCACCUGGCCCUUGUUUUAAAGCAAGGAAGGCCUGUGAUGGAAGCGAUUUAAGGUGGUACAGCUACUAACUCUGUACCACCUGCAGAAACUGCCCUCUUCAUACAUGGUACAUUUUCAAGUACUGCACAUCAAACACACCCAUUUAUACGGGCAUAUGUUGAAAUCCUCUUUGAUGUAACAAAUUCUCCCGUGGCCAGGGAAGGUAAUAAAGAUUUGUGCCAAGAAAUUCAGUGCCAAACACACACUGUAAAAACCCCGUAAAGAAACGGUCAAAUGACUAGCAGCAGUGGCUGCCAAACAAAAACGGUAAAAUUAAGGUAAAAUAACUUCAUUAAAAUGAAGUGCAAAAAACUUUGAGGAAAGUUUAAAGCUUAGAUGAUUUUUUUUUUUUUUACAGAGAAACAUUUUAUAGAUUUUUCUUGUAUUAUGAUUUGACACCUUUAUUAUGUCACCUUUUAAUAAAAAGGAUAUCAGUAAAUAUUCUGCAGCGAAAAACUUUAUUUACAGAUUUUGUCUGUAUUAUUAUGAUCAAACACUUCCAAUACAGGGAUAUCGGAAAAAAGUUCUGCAGUGAAACACUAUUAUUUUACAGAUCUGUCUUGUAAUUCUGUCAUGUUAAUUCUCAUGAAAUAUGAGCUUUUCAUAAAUCUACAAGAUUUUCAAUGUUUCAAUUAAACUAGGGGUUGGAAACUUAGUUAAAAAAUACAAAAGUAGUAAAAGUACACACCACUAUCGACUUUAAAACAAUGUCAUAUAAUGUAUUCACGUGAACAUUCACAACAGUUCUUCAGGGACCGCCAGGAGAACUUGAACGAAAAUGUAAUUUCUCCAGGUUUCUAUCUUUGCAGAGGAUUAUCAAGAGGACAGAUUAUAUGAGGACAAACAUUACAUGGCCUUUUAAUUCAGAAUCCCAACUAUGCAGUGUAUUAAUAAAUCAGUCAAAACAAGUCAUACCAGAAAAGGUCAAUGAAUCUUUACCGGAAGUCAGUGCAGUGCAGAUUAAGAACAAUCUUCCAAAUUGUCAGCCCGAUCCUCGGUGCAUCUGGGGGGGAGGUAAAAGGACACACUAAGAUUAAUUGAAAAGUCUUUAGAAGGCUUUGAGAAUAAUAAACAUUCAACUAAUGCAUGUCAUAGCACUCUCAUCAGAAAAAUAUGAAUCACGAAAAUAAGGACGUGGAUUCACAACAAUGGACACUUUCAUUAGAUGUAAUAUAGCCACAUAAACACAGUUUACCCUGGUCUGAGCGUUAUUCAAUGUUUUAAGGGCACUAGUGCUGAACACAGCUCUAACACGUUUGUUGCUGCUAGUUUGAGUUAUUGAAGUCGGUUCGUAUAUUAUAUGUUUGUUACGUUGUGGACUGACUUUUGCUCCUGCUUUACUUGGCACAGAAAUUGGCCGCUGCACGCAACUUACAGGACGUUGCAGAGCAAAAAAGCAGAUUUUUUGUGACAAGCUAUACACACCUGGAUUUGUGGAUUAUCUGCCAUUCUCCUCUGUAUAUCCUCUCUAGCUCUGUCAGGUUUGAUGGGGAUGUCGGUGAACAGCCAUCUUCAGAUCACCAAAAUAGAUGAAAAACCUAUAACUAAGGACGAUGUUUCACCAGCAUCACCAAGGUUGCCUUUUGCUAACUAAAAAACAUUUAGACAAAUCAGAGUCUUGAUUUCCCCCUCUGGCUCAAUAACUCAUGCAUUUGUUCUGAACAGGCUUCUUAAAUGAACACACCAUGUUUUUGCCGUUGGUAUGUAUGUAUGUAGGGAUGUUCCUGUUUAGAAGCACAUUUUUUCAGUUUUGUAUUUGUUUCAUGUUGGAACAAUUCCAAUCUGUGUAUGUCUUUUUUUUGCGUACCUGAUCCGUGGCUGUAUUCUGUAAUUUACGCCACAAUCCGGUGGUAUCUUGUCACUCUUGGUUCUUCAGCAUUCUCAUGAUCUCACCUGCUUAACGUCCUUUGCUGUGUGAAAUACAGUUUGAGACAGUAAAAAAUACUGUCAUUUACACCUAAAAUCUGUAAGACAUGCAUCUCAUUAAUUAAUAACUUCCUUACUGUUGAUAAAUCAGUAACUGCACACCAUACCUUCAAUAUAUUAUUAUAUUCUGGUCCAAUAAAUAUAAUACUCCUCAGUCAAAUGCAAAAUGUUAUGCUUGUUUUUGUUGUGCUACAAUCAGUUUUUACAGUUUACCGUACCAGGGGCUUGACAACUAUGUACAUUUAAUUUCUUGAAUGUGGUUUUAUACCAUAAACCUCCCCAAGUAUGUUUUUCUGGCUGGAAGACAGAAUCAUGCCAACAAGCUAAGGUUACCUGUAGCUAGUUUACUUAGUGAGUGCGCACAGUUCCCAUUGGCCUGUGUUCUGAUUGACUGUCAGAUUGUCCUAUCGAGUUCUAACAUUCCAAAUAUAAGAAAAGAUGACUUAAAAUAAAUAGGCUGUUAAAUUGUGUGUGUGUAUUAUAUAUAUCCCUUUAUUGGAGGUGUUUGAACUUAUUUUACCUUUUUUUGGUUCGGCAGCCGCUGCUGCCAGUCAUUUGACCGUUUUACGUUUUCUGCUGCCAGUCCUAUGACUUUUUUUUAACGUUUUUUGUUUUUGUUUUACAGUGUAGGUGUCUUGCUCAGGGACACUACACCAGACCACGGUCCGCAGUUGUCUCAUGUUUCUCCUCUAAAAAAUGUAUAACAUAUCAUUCUUGAUUCUACUUUUCAAUAAGACUGCAUUAUGUUUGAUGUAAUAAAAAAGGCUAAAUUGA